GUCUUUGGUCAUGGAUUCUUCAUUUUGUAUUGACCAAAUGUGCCUGGAUUUGGAGUUGGACUCGAUCAUCCUUAUGGGUUCAAGCCUUCCUGUUUGAGAAGUUCUAGGAUUCCUUUACUGGAUCAGCAGAGCACCACUGCCUCCUCUCAUUUCUGUCUUCUUUGUCCAGACACAGUACGAGCAACAGCUGAAGCAAGGAUGCAGGAGGGACCCCAAAACAUUUCUCAGGUUAGAUUUGUAGGGAGUCGGGGGUUUUUUCCCAGAGCAAACAACACAGAUAAAAUUACUUUCUUCCCUUGACCCCGUGGAUCAGGCUACACAGAUGCAUUCCAAUGGGAUUAAUGGCCCUAGGGCUGGACAUUCUCACUGUGUGUUUCUGACUGUGCUGGCCUGCCUGGAAUAUGAAGGCAGAAAUUUCCAUUCAUCAUGCAGGUGGCAAAUGAUGCCUGAAGGAUAGUUCUUAAUCGAGAUAUAUGAAGAGUGUUUGGAGUUGUGGUUGUUCCGUAUUUUUUCAGCGUUUAGGAAGGAUUCGGGUGCUGGGCCAUGGUGGGUUUGAAUCCCUGAAGAAAAGAUUGCCCUGGGUUGUUUGUGCUUAGUGAAGUCUGUUUGCACUAAUUUCCAAGUUCCUAGGGAUUUGGCCAGUGUUUCAGAGGGCUGUGAAUUCUCUCCCUGGAGAGGAUGGGGCAUGAACAAUGUGGUUUCCUUGCAGAAGGUGAGUUGAAAGAGCGCUCUGUCAGCCUGGCAUAGGUUUGAAGUGAGCAGGAAGUUUGUUCCUUGAGUGGAGAUAUGAGAGACGACAGCAGAGAGGAACAGGAACUGUUCCCUACGACAUGUUUGUGCUUCAUGGAGAGUGUGAUGUAAUCAUGUAGAACAAUACAUUGAUUAAUGCGACAAAGAAGAUUCAAAGAGACAAGACGAGAGGAGAGUGUGUGCGCGUUAUGACAGUGAAGAGAAGAAAUAAUUCCAGGAAGGAUUCCAGAAAGGAAGGAUGAGUUUGCUGGUAUGCCAUAUAUGUUCUCACUGUAGAAGAAAGGGAGGCAAGCAAGAAAGGAGCACAUAAGAGGAGUGAGAGAAGGGAAAGAUAGAAGAUGCUAUGAAGGAGGUAAUUAAGAAUGGAAGAUGCCAAGGAGGAGGAAAAAAAAAACCAGGAAAACGUUACGCAACGAUCUUACCUGUAUUCGGUGGAUGAAGCUGGUUCUCAAGAGCCUCCUUCUGGAUUAGAAUAUACUGUGUUCCAUCACUAAUUCCAGGUAAGUCGAGUUCGUGGAUCCGGCUUGUUUGUUCUGCUGUCUGGCUCCGGAGGCUUCUGUCGAGUUACCAGAAGGCAUAAAGCUGAGGGGAAAACAGAAAAAAAUAAGCAGACAGUAUAAUAAAAUGAAAAACGAGCGCAGUUGGAAGAGAGAAAGCAACAGACGUGGCCAUGCCGGAGCGGAAGCAGAGGCGAUGUGGCGGAGCGUGCGAGCAGUGUAGGGCGGCGGAGCAGCGCACGGUGUCGCUGCAGGCUCAGGAACGGCGUGUGGGCGGCUCCGCCCCGGUGCGGCGGAGAGCCCGGCUGUGAGCGCGGGGGGGCGGCGCGGGCCGGGCAGCAGAGCCGCUGCUGAGCUCCGGGCGGCGGCGGGGAGCCGUGCGGGGCCCGGGCCGGGGCCGGCAGGCACAGGCAGAGCGGCAGAGGCGAGAGCGGCGGCGGCAGGGAUGGAGGAGCGCUGCUGUGCCGCGCUGCUGCGGCUGCUGGUGCUGCAGGCGGCCUGGGCGCUGGCGGGCGGGCAGGUGCGCUACUCGGUGCCGGAGGAAGCCAAGGCCGGCACGGUGGUGGGCCGUCUGGCGCAGGACCUGGGCCUGGAGGCGGGCGAGGCGGAGGCGCGGCGGCUGCGGCUGGUGGCGCAGGGCCGGCGGGCGAGCGUGGAGGUGAGCGGGGCGAGCGGCGCGCUGCUGGUGAGCUCGCGGCUCGACCGCGAGGAGCUGUGCGGCAAGAGCGCGCCGUGCGCGCUGCGCCUGGAGGUGCUGCUGGAGCGGCCGCUGCGCGUCUUCCAUGUGCAGCUCGAGGUCACCGACAUCAACGACAAUGCCCCCGUCUUCCCCGCCGCCCGAAAAAACCUCAGCAUCGCGGAAUUCACCACCCUGCCGGGGUCUCGUUUCCCGCUGGAGGGCGCGUCGGAUGCGGAUAUCGGAGCGAACGCGCAGCUCUCCUACACACUCAGCGCAAGCGAACAUUUUAGAAUCGAGGAAGAAAACAGUAAUUCUCGCAGUAAGUCCCUGUUUCUGGUACUCACGAAAUCACUGGACCGCGAGGCGAUUCCUGUGCACCAGUUGGUGCUGACAGCGACUGACGGGGGCCGGCCGUCUCUGACAGGCACCAUGGAGCUGGUGAUCUCGGUGCUGGAUGUAAACGACAACGCACCCCAGUUCAAUCAAUCGGUGUAUAACGUUGUUUUGCCAGAAAACGCAUUAGAGGAGACUCUUGUAUCGCGAGUGAAUGCCACGGAUGCGGACACAGGCAUAUACGGAGAAAUAAUAUAUGAAAUCGAUAGUAUUGUUCCUCCCUCGUCCUCAGAUUUAUUCAGCGUCGAUGCAAAUAGUGGAGAGAUCAGAUUGAAAGGCGCCCUGGACUUCGAGUCAGUUACUUUAUACGAACUUCAUGUUAAAGGAACAGAUAAGGGUACACCUCCGCUGUCGGGUCACUGCAAGGUGGUGCUGGAGGUGCUGGACGUGAACGACAACGCGCCGGAGGUGUGGGUGACGUCGCUGUCGGUGCCGGUGUCGGAGGACGCGUCGGUGGGGACGGUGGUGGCCCUGCUGAGCGUGUCGGACCGAGACUCGGGGGCGAACGGGCGCGUGCGCUGCUGGGUGUGGCCGGCGCUGCCGUUCGGGCUGGAGGCGACGUUCGCGGGCUCGUACUCGCUGGUGCUGCGCGAGGCGCUGGACCGGGAGCGGGUGUCGGAGUACGAGGUGGAGGUGCGUGCGGAGGACGGCGGGGCGCCGGCGCUGCGCGCCAGCCGCGGGCUGCGGCUGCCGGUGUCGGACGUGAACGACAACGCGCCCGCGUUCGCGCAGGCCGUGUACACGGUGCUGGCGCGGGAGAACAACGCGGCGGGCGCGGAGCUGGCGCGGCUGUGGGCGCGGGACCCGGACGAGGCGGGCAACGGGCGCGUCAGCUACUCGCUGUGGGAGGGCGGCGCGGGCGGCGGCGGGGCCGCGCCUUGGAGCGGCUGGCGGGCGGCGUCGAGCUACGUGGCGCUGGACGCGGAGAGCGGGCGCCUGUGGGCGCUGCAGCCCUUGGACUACGAGCAGCUGCAGGUGCUGCAGUUCGAGGUGCGCGCGGUGGACGCGGGGGAGCCGCCGCUCUGCGGCAACGCCACGGUGCAGCUCUUCGUGCUGGACGAGAACGACAACGCGCCGGCGCUGCUGCCGCCCGCGGGCUCGGCGGCGGAGGCGGGCGCCGUGGCGGCCGAGGCGGCGGCGGCGGAGGCGGGGGCGUUGUCGGGGCCAGGCUCGGGCUCGGGCACGCUGUGGGCGUGGGCGGCGUGGGGGGCGCCGGCGGGCCAGGUGCUGGCCAAGAUCCGCGCCGUGGACGCCGACUCGGGCUACAACGCGUGGCUGCGCUACGAGCUGUGGGAGCCGCGCGGCAAGGGCCCGUUCCGCGUGGGGCUCUACAGCGGCGAGGUGAGCACGGCGCGCCCGCUCGACGAGGCGGACGGCCCUCGCCACAGGCUGCUCAUCGUCGUGCGCGACCACGGCGAGCCGGCGCGCUCGGCCACGGCCACGCUCAGCGUCUCGCUGCUCGAGCCCGCCGAGGCGGCGCUGGCCGCGGCCGCGGGAUCCUCGGCGGCGGCGGCGGCGGCGGCGUCAGGCUCGCGGGCGGCGGCGGCCGUGGAGCUCGGCGCCGCUGCGGCCAGCGCGGCCACCAACGUGUGGCUGGUGGUGGCCAUCUGCGCCGUGUCCAGCCUCUUCCUGCUGGCGCUGGUGCUCUACGGGGCGUCGCGCUGGGCGCCGCGGGCGGCCGUGCUCUCGGCGCCCGGGCCCACGACGCUCGUGUGCGCCAGCGAAGUGGGCAGCUGGUCCUACUCGCAGCGCCACAGCCGCAGCCUGUGCGUGGCGGACGGCGCGCCCAAGAGCGACCUCAUGGUUUUCAGCCCCAACUUCCCUCCGCCGCCGCCCGGCCCCGCGCCCAAGGACACGCAGCCGGAGCCCUCCGCUCUCCUCGACACGGUCAGUGCCACUGCCUUGCUCAGCUUUUCCCCUCUCCUCCUCUGCCUCUUUUCUCAUCUGCUCUUUCUCUCCUGCCACCUGGGUUGUUCCUCCUUGCAGCGAGGCUCCGCCCCCGCAGUCUGAGGGCAGUGAGUUUUUAAUGGUGUUAAAGGGACAUUUCCAUCUUCAGCCUUGUCCUAUCCUGAUUUUGCAAUUUCUCUGAUGUGCAAGCAGGAAUAAGGUAUCAUGGCACCGCAGAGCACUCAUCAUCUACAGCUAAGUGUUGAUACGUGUGACAGAGUUGUAUUCUAGAAUGAAAUCACUGCCUGUUUCAGUGAGAGGUUACAGCUGUGCAGGCAACUUUCUUACUUCAUUGCAUGUAGUGUUUCAGGGUGAGCUUUGUGUAGGAAUACAAAACACGUUGUGGUGGUAACAGUCCCCCAGUCACUUUGAUUAUUUUUGAAAACUCUCCUCUUUCAUUUUCCUUGUAAGAGAUGUGACACAAUCUUUCCAUUGGUACUUCAAAAUUUUGGCUGCCUCUGGAAUCAACAGUUCUGCAUUUAGGUUGUGUCAGCAGACUCAUUAAAAAAGUAGGAAAGGCAGCAUGGGCUUUUACUGUCAUCCUUUUUCCUUGCAUCAUUUUUCCUUCUUUUACAAGAAUGUAACUGUAGGAUGUUUAUUAAAAUGGUAGUGAUAGUGUAAGGCACAGAUAUGAUCUUGAGCAGAUGGAACAGUUGCCCAGGAAAGUUGUGAUUAAUUGGGGAGACCAUGGGCCAUGCCUUAAGUCAAAAAUGAGUGGUGAUACGGUUUUCUUGGGAACACAUUAACGAAGGAUAUUUAUGGUGAAUGAGCAAUACCUAGAGAAAUCUGUGAGGCAGGAGGCACAUGCUGUGCUUCUUUCUGGGAUCCCUUGCAAGGCUCUGAGGUUCUGGAGUUGGAGGCUUUUUGGACCUUGAGAUGCUGUGUGGUGUUGGUGGCCACAAAGUCCUUUGGGGUGGUGAAGAUACCCUUCUAGAGGAAGUAAUUUGUGCUGAUAGAUCAUUACUGUUCAAACUGUGUUGGUAAGAGGAAACACCACGCUGACUAUUUGAUGUAGUAAUUUGUAGUAGUUUGAUGAAGCAUUUCACUCUUAUUUUGAGAAAGCCAUAUUGGGAGGGUAGGACUUCAGCUUGCUGGAGUUCCUGUAUAGGCAUUCACGUCUAUAACAGCUUCCUCAUCUCUUGGUUUUGAGAUGGUGGCUCCUUUCCUCUUUGUCAAGUGGGAUUUACAGGAGGAUGUGAUGAGGAGGAGGAGGGUAUAAUCUGUGUGUGCCACAUUUCUCUGAACUGAGCACUUGCAGUAUCAGCCUCAGGAGAAAUGGGAUAUCCCAUUGUCAUCUUCAACCUUGAUACCUGCACAGCCACUGAAACCUUCCAGAGCAGCCCUACUCUGAUAUUAUCAUAAAAAUUCUCCCCCACGAUUCAUAAUGUGACUGUGCUUGUGCUUCAGCAUUUGGUGUGGUUCUCUCAAAGCAAAAUUAGUCUUGAUCAGGAUCAGAGCUGUCACUCUGAUCACAGAGUUUUAAACAUCUCUCAUGUGUAAUUCUGAGGUAAGAACACAUUAGUUGACAUUUGAGAUUGCUGGAAAAGCAUAGAACGUUUAAGGUGAAUUUUAGGGAGCCUGACAGAAAUUCUGUGGUUUUGCAUCCCUUCAUAAGUUAUUUACACAAAUUGUGAGGGAAGGUGUGGAUGAGCAAAGGCCUGGAUUGUGCUCAGAGUGGGUUUUAUUGCUGGGCCAAGCUGUUUUGUUGGGGCAGUUUGGCUGCUGCAGCUGCAAUCCUCUGAGUGGCAUGGAGUAUUGCUUGGGCCCUCUGUCAUGGGGAGGGUGACUUUGAGUGGAGAAGUUUCUUUUCUGAGGAAAUGGAGAUGCUGUGUAGCAUAAGCGCUGUCAUUGGAGAAGAAAGCUCCAGCUACUCAGCUGGAGAUUCAUUUCCCAGAGCUUGGGAUAGAGGAUUCCACUGGAAAGCCUUGUGAAGUCACCAGUCUCUUGAGGCUGUUUGCCUGGGAUUCUCUCAGAUCCCUCUGAUGUCCUGUGUGUCCUUGGUAUUGUCCAUGCUCUUCCCACCCAAUGUGAGGUCAUCUACCAUACACAAUUCAGAGCACUUCCUUUUGAAAGUACAAUGUUGGUGUAACAGGAGCAUUUCCAAGUAUCAGUCUUGCUUGCUUAGCCUUUUGUGAAGCUGGCCUUGUCUACAUCUCUGCUUUUGUCUUGGUAGGGAGUGGGAAAAGUUCUGUCCAUAAUCAAGAAGUUGCCAGACCUGACAUUUUGAUAUGGUGGAAUGGGAUCUAGCAACUUUCUUCUCUCCUUUUACCAGAAACUUCCAUCUUUUAAUAUUUUUUCAUUCAUUUGCAUUGGCAAUAUCGAGAUAACUGUGGAUGAAAUGCAGAUUGCUGAAUUUUGGCAGCUGCCAGGUAGCAGAGUUUCCAGCUGUUGACCGUCAGUAUGAGGGAUGGAUUUUCCACUCUUCUCUACUUCCUGGUUGACAUUUGGAGAAUGUCCUUAGAUUUGCAAUGUGUCUCCUACCUCACAUAUAAUAAAAGUGCAUGAAGAAACAUUGUGAUGUUCAAUGAUUUAGAGGCUUUUGCAGUAUGUGGGUCAUUUUCCCCUAUUCACCUUCUCCAGAAUUCUCUGAUAGCAUCAAAAGAAAAUGUGCUUCAGAAACAAUUCCGUCCCUUGAAAGUAAAUAUUUUCUGAAGAAGGAGCCAGGGAUGCUUGAGGUAAGUUGUUGUUUCCUAAAGAUGAGUCUGAAAGACAGUUGUACCAUUAUAUACUUGUCUUUGGUCAUGGAUUCUUCAUUUUGUAUUGACCAAAUGUGCCUGGAUUUGGAGUUGGACUCGAUCAUCCUUAUGGGUUCAAGCCUUCCUGUUUGAGAAGUUCUAGGAUUCCUUUACUGGAUCAGCAGAGCACCACUGCCUCCUCUCAUUUCUGUCUUCUUUGUCCAGACACAGUACAAACAAACAGCUGAAGCAAGGAUGCAGGAGGGACCCCAAAACAUUUAUCAGGUUGGAUUUGUAGGGAGUGGGGGGUUUGUUCCCAGAGCAAACAACACAGAUAAAAUUACUUUCUUCCCUUGACCCCGUGGAUCAGGCUACACAGAUGCAUUCCAAUGGGAUUAAUGGCCCUAGGGCUGGACAUUCUCACUGUGUGUUUCUGACUGUGCUGGCCUGCCUGGAAUAUGAAGGCAGAAAUUUCCAUUCAUCAUGCAGGUGGCAAAUGAUGCCUGAAGAAAAGUUCUUCAUCGAGGUAUAUGAAGAGUGUUUGGAGCUGUGGUUGUUCCGUAUUUUUUCAGCGUUUAGGAAGGAUUCGGGUGCUGGGCCAUGGUGGGUUUGAAUCCCUGAAGAAAAGAUUGCCCUGAGUUGUUUGUGCUUAGUGAAGUCUGUUUGCACUAAUGUCCAAGUUCCUAGGGAUUUGGCCAGUGUUUCAGAGGACUGUGAAUUCUCUCCCUGGAGAGGAUGGGGCAUGAACAAUGUGGUUUCCUUGCAGAAGGUGAGUUGAAAGAGCGCUCUGUCAGCCUGGCAGAGGCUUGACAUGAGCAGGAAGUUUGUUCCUUGAGUGAAGAUAUGAGAGACAACAACAGAGAGGAACAGGAACUGUUCCCGACGGCAUGUUCGUGCUUCAUGGAGAGUGUGAUGUAAUCAUGUGGAACAAUACAUUGAUUAAUGUAUAUAUAAUAAGAAGAUUCAAAGAGACAAGACGAGAGGAGAGUGUGUGCGCAUUAGGACAGUGAAGAGAAGAAAUGAUUCCAGGAAGGAUUCCAGAAAGGAAGGAUGAGUUUGCUGGCAUGCCACAUAUGUUCUCACUGUAGAAGAAAGGGAGGCAAGCAAGAAAGGAGCACAUAAGAGGAGUGAGAGAAGGGAAAGAUAGAAGAUGCUAUGAAGGAGGUAAUUAAGAAUGGAAGAUGACAAGGAGGACAAAAAUAAAA